AUGGGUCAUUGCAACUCAUGUAUGAGAGUUCAGUCGGCGAUCUCAACGGCUAAACUGAUCCUCCUAGACGGUGAGCUUCAAGAAUUCUCAUGUCCAGUGAAGGUCUCACAUGUUCUGCAAUAUAACAAUAACCCUAUAAGCUUCAUAUGCAACUCUGAUGAGAUGGAUUUUGAUGAAUCGGUUUCAGCCAUUGAGGAUGAUGAGGAGCUUCAGCCAGGUAACCUCUACUUUGAGCUGCCGGUGAGUUGGUUGACUCAGCCGCUGCAGGCGGUGGAUAUGGCGUCUCUGGCUGUUAAAGCCAGUGCGGCUCUCACACAAGGCGGUGGAGAUAAGUGUGGAUGCUGUACUAAAGGGGUUGAUCAUCAUCAGUUGAUGUUUUCUGAUGAAAGAGAAGUAAAAUCAAGGCGAAUGGCAGUUUCUGGAGGUGGCGAGAGAGUUUUGGUGGAGAAGAGAAGAGGGAAUGGUGGUGGUGGUGGCCAUAAGUUCACCAGAAAGUUGAGUACGAUAAUGGAAAAGUGA